AACCAAAGGUGUUUAUGCACAUGAAGAGGGGUGGGUUCCAGGCAGCAGGAAAACACUGCGCCCACAGAUUUCUUUGGUGCUGAUGGCCUCGAGUUUCUGUCAGAGGAAACUUCCAAACCUUUUUUUCAGCAGACUGACUGGCUUGGGGCCAAACGGCCUGAUUGCUCCAAAAAAGCUUUUACAUCAGCAGUGUCGCAACCAUGGCAACAAAGCCCGUGGUCUGGCAGGCGCAGGGUCUUCUGAGCUCGCUGGAUGAGCUGCAGAGUGAAGAGAUGGUAAGCAGAAGCUGCAACUGCUCUCCGCCAGAUAGAAAAGCACCCAAGGCGGUGCCAGAGGAAGAUAUAGAUGUCCUAGAGUCUGGGGCCGAUGCCGGAGCUCCAGAGGAGAACCAGACGCUCACUGCAGACCCAACGACCGACUCCACUGAUGGUCAAAAAGCUGCCACACAAUCAGAGCAAGUUUCCACCCAACCAUCAGAUGUUUUAUGCUCUCAACGUGAGCACGAAAAGCAAGUUGAUGCGGAAGAUUGUGACUUUCGGCCUCCACCUUCACCCAGUGCCUCUACAUUAGGGGUCUUCUUGGGGAGGGAUGGUUUUUCAGGCCUGGAGGAGAAGCUGGCAAAGGUGAUUAUAGACCCUAAAGGAGACCAAGUCUCCCUUGAAAGUCACAACAGUCAAGAACAGCCAAAAAACCUUGAGCUUGUAGAGCGCAGUCAGGAAGUAGAAAGUAUUUUAGGAGUGGCAGCAGCAGGAAUUCUUGGUGGUAAAAAUAUCAUUGAAUCAAAAAAUAAUGAAUUUCAUCCCCUUCCUUAUGGUGUAAAAAACCUAGAGGAUUGUUUUGCUUUAAACUCCCCUCCAUAUGCUGAUGACAGUGAGGAAGAUGAGGAGGCUGGUACCGAUGGAAGAACUCCGCGUGAUCAUCGGCAAAAAACAUUUGACUGUAGCUGCAAAAAUUUCCAACCUUCAUGUUCUGCAGCAGAACAGACCAUCACAGCGCUCUCCUCACCCAGACAGGAGGGGGCGCUGUUGCCACAGAGCUCACAUGAACCCUCACCCAGGGGAGGGAACCAGGAAGCUGUGCAACAGGUGUUUGGGGAGGGACCUCCACCUUUGUCUGCUGUCGCCAUGGAGAUGUGGGAUCAGGGCAGGGCAGAUAGUGAAGGCUGUGGCUCUGCUUUAGCUGCAGGAGAAAGGCGCAGCAGGGUGGGGGAGAGAGCAGUGGGUGAAAAGCAGCAAACAGGUGGGCAGGAAGGGCAGAAAGAGAGCGGAAUCGAAAGGAAGGAGGUGGUUUGUCUGCCACGCAACAGAGGACUGUUAGGAUUUUCCAAAACAGGCAGAAGACCUGCGUUUAACACGCAAAACUACAGCGGUGACAAGUUUCUCCAACAGAACAGACACAAGAUGGAGAAGGACAUUUUUGACGACAGCCAGAGUGACAGUGGUGUGUCAGCAGACUUCUCGCCCUUCAGCUCCAUGGACAUGCCCUCCUCCGCCUUCACGGUCCCUCCAGGAACUGCCUCAACAGAAACUCCCAUUGAGAGAGAGAUCCGGCGAGCCAUCCAGCGAGAACAUAGCCUGAGGAGGUCCAGAGGGCUCCCAAACCGUCCCACGUCUCCUGAGUACGUGGAGAUCCCCCUGAGAAAAACGGUUCUUUCUCAGUCGCUUACCUCUAAGUCAGAGUGGUCCCAAAACAAAGACAGGGAGUUUGCGGGCAAAAAGAUGCAACAAGAGAUCAACAAGGAGGCCCAAAGGGAGCACGACCUGGUCAAGAUGGGGAAAAUUCCAGGUGUUUAUGACAGAGGUACAGCCGGCCAGUUAAAGGAGAGGAAACAGAUUUUCGAGGCCUUUCAGACAACUUGUGACUCAACUUUCCUAAUGUCGGUCAAAAGUCUUCAAAGUCAGUCCUCCGUGACCUCUGACAGUACAGAUGUUUCCACUCUGGAGGAAACAAAAUCAGAGGCAUCCACCUGUAAAGACGCAGGUGCGGAGAGGAGACCCAGCUUCGAUUUGCUCCCACAAAGCCCUGCCGGAGGAGGAUUGAACGGCUCAUCCUUCAGAUACCCGGAGCCGUUGAAGCAGGCAGGUCAGCAGGCCGUCGUGGUGGAGCACGGCCUGGUUCCAGCACCGAACAGCCACUUUUUCAAAGCAGAGAAAGUGUCUGUCAUUGAGUCUGAAAGCUCUCUCGGUUCGUGGUACAAGGCCGGAUGGCGGGAUGGACCGAUGGGGAGACAGUGGGAAAAAGAGGUGGAGGAGGAAAUCACACCUAGGGAGAACCCCUUCUUUAAGCUACGCCCGUCAGAUAAUUUAGUAAAAUUGAAGCAGGAAAUCCUGCAGGCUGAAGAGAGGGAGAGGGAGCUUCGAAACCAGCGGAUCAACCUGUAUGGAGGAGUAGGAGAGGCUGUUCUUGCUGGGCCUUCAUCCAAGGGGGGAACUGAACCUUCAGCAGGACGACAGUCAAUGGGAAAGCUGUCGGUGUGGCCCCCAAGUCAAACUGAUGAAGAGGAGAUAAACCGACCACAGGUUUUCAUCAAUUCUCCGACCCCAAGACAGAAGAAUCCGCUGGUGCAGCGCUGGGAGGCAGGGCUGGUCAAUGGCUUCAACAGGGAGGAUCUCUGAGAAGAAACUGACAGAGACGAAUAGUUUUUUUUUUAUUUUUUUUAUCUGGUGUUCAAAUUAAAGCAAAAAGAUUGGUGUAAAGCAAGAGGAACUCGGAGAAGGGAGCAACAGUGAAGAAAUGCAAGAGGAACUUUAACCAGAAAGAAUUCUGAGGCUGAAAAAAGAAAACUGAAGGUGGUGGACUAAAAGAAAUCCUUUAGGAAUCUUAACGAGAAAAGUAAAAUGUCAAAUCAAAGCACAGAAGCUCAGCUGCUUCUUUAUUGGCUCUUUUUAUUUCUACAAUUUAAAAAAAUGCUUGUUUCUGUAAUUUCUGUAUAAUUUAAAGUAACAAAUGCAUAAAAAAUACUAUUAAUGAUAUAACUUUGAUGCACUUUCUGAUGUCGGUAGCCUUGACUGUAUAUGAGAACUGGACCGUGUUCUCAUAUUUAGAAAAUGGCUCAAUUUAAAUGAAGUCGAUUCAUUCGCCUUUUUUUAUUUAUUUUUUUUUGCGAUAUGGACGUUGCCAUGAUGAGGCCAGACAAUGUCAGUAAGCAGUGACUGGUCAAAGUCAGACUUAGUCAUCAUUUCUAUGGAAACCACUCUCACCAAUCAGGAUUGAGCUUGUUGAAAGUCCACACCCUUACAGCUUGAAACUGGGCUUGGGAAAAUCUGUCAAUCAAACUUUUCAAAUGUUGGACAUGGAGGCCAUUGAGGCAUCUGAUUGGUUAAUUUAUAAUUUUAUUUUUUUGCACUACCGAAAAAAAUACAUUAAGAAAAACAUUUUGGAUUAGCAAGAACAUGCUAUAAAAACACGUAGUUGAGCAAGAAUGGCUAUUCUGACAAAUAAUCUGACUGAGUAAUGGCUGUUUCUUUCUCAGUUGAAGUCUAUACAGUAAAGCGUUGGUAGUCUAAAGCUACAUACCCAAUGGGAAUAUGACACGUGUUAAAGAUGUGUGAACACGCAUUUAGCCCACGUUGUUCACACUGGACAAGCAGGGAAGGGCUUCUUUGUUUUCUCAUGUCCGCCACCUAGAGUUGGAAGAGUUUUGGUACGGGCACAAAUGGCAGUUAUUUAUUUCUCCUAUGAUUCAUUUUGAAACAGUUUGCACUUCAGUUAAUUAAAGGGGACGCCAUCUAAACGUCACUGCUAAAUUUGAGUUCCUGACUGGUCAAAGUUCGACCUGGUUUAACUUUCAACGCACAGUUAAUGGCUGCGAGUUUUGUUUCUAGAUCCUGAACACUGUCUUAGAAAUGGGCCCACCGAUGUGUGAACCUGAGAGUUUUGAUAGCGGGAACCCAAAUUACGCAUUUAUGUGCAAUCACAUAGACUUUUCGUUGGAAGUGGUCGCUUGAACGCACAUUGCAGAGGCCGUGUGAGCGUAGCUUUACAUAGGAAUGAGCAAACCUGGUCUUCAAGAUCUUCCGUUUGCUGGUUUUCCAACGGUUCCUAAUUGCUACUGGUUACCUGAUUCCAGGUGAUCAGCAGCAGUUAGUGCAGGUACAGCUGGAAAACAAACAUCCAGGUGGAUCUCAGGGACCGGGGUUGAGCACUUCUGUUUUACCAAAAGGAACAUGUUCUCAUUUUGGGCACUCACAGAUCAUCCCAGUGUUAUCUUCUUUUCAAAUUAAGAUAAGAACAUGGACAUAAAAUCCUUGUUUUCCAAGACAUUUUCUUUUCGUUGACUUUUUGUUAAUCUACUUUUUAUUACUUUGUAAAGUUUAUGCAAGAGCUAGUAAUGCUUUAUUUCUAAUAAAAUGCACAUCCGGUUCAAACAUCA